AUGACGGACAGGAGGGCCACUACAAAAAAAUAUUUGGAAAUUAUUGUGCACCUUGUACGUUUGGGCAUGGUGACUUCUCUCUACCUCACUAAAUUAAACUACGACUUCAGAUGUGAACGAGAAGAAAUUGUGGCAUAUCGAAAACUAUCAAGAGAAGCGCAUGAUCUAAG